AUGGCUAAUAUAAUAGCGCUAUCUACUCCGUACCCCCCAACUCAAAACCUACCCUUUCAUCAUCAUACCUACCUAACCGCAAGAUUGAUAUUCCCUUCGAAAAUGGCGCCCAACAAUCCCGGAAAUCCUAAUAAUCCGACCGAUCCUGCUCCAGUCGAAGUCGACACGCAGGCCCGUAACCUCAAAGCGAAAACCAUCCCACUUGAUCCUUUUCUGACGGGACUGGACUCCAGGUCACCGAGAGUGACUCUUCCUACGGUGACGAACUCUUUGGCAACAAGAUUAAAACGUCAAACAACAGGCUACCUCCUGCCCAACGACGAGACCGAGUCCGAUCGUCUCGACAUGGUCCAUGAAAUGGUCCUCACUAUGAUGAACAGGGAAUUGUUUCUUGCCCCGAUAAAGAAUCCCCAGCGAGUCAUAGAUCUUGGGACCGGGACCGGGAUAUGGGCGAUGGAUUUCGGUAUGUUAUCCGUUAUCCUAUACCGGAUUUCGUACAGUAUGCUCACCACUUGUGUCAUACCAGCCGAUCGAUUCCCAUCUGCUGAGGCAAGCACCAUAACGCCCUUAAGUGAUCUGGAACUGAUCGAGGAUAGGGUUCCCCCCAAUCUAAAAUUCGUGGUCGACGAUAUCGAAGCCGAAUGGGGCUACGACGUCCCUUUUGACUUCAUCCACGCCCGAUAUGCAAAACCUGGUGGCUGGGUCGAAUUCCAAGACUGGAACCAGUAUCCCUACUCCGAGGAUGGAAGUUUAAAAGGUACCACCUUUGAGCGGUAUUUCAAUGAAAUGGUUGGCGCAUUCUACAAGAAUGGCUACGAAGGCAGCCCGGGACCACAUCUGGAACAGUGGUUCCGAGAGGCAGGAUUCGUGGAUAUCCACGUUCAUAAGUAUCGCGCCCCGAUGGGUACCUGGCCAAAAGAUCCAUAUUACAAAAAGAUUGGAACCUGGAUGAUGCUGCAAGGGGACCAAGCCUACGAGGCUGGGGCCAUGGCUGUCCUGACCCGGAAUGAAGCCUGGUCCAAAGAAGAAGUUGCUGUGCUGGCGGCCAAGACAAAGGAGGACGCUCAUAAUCGCAACAUCCAUGCGUUAUUUGACUUCUAUGUUGUGUAUGGGCGAAAGCCAGAAUGA